AUGUCCGCCCCUUCCAUCACCAACUUCAUUGUCAAGCGCCCAUGGCUCAAGCGCUGGAUGACGCCACUCGCCCAGUGGUACACCGACGCCGCCGGCUACAGAAGACUCGGUCUUAAGGCCGACGACCUGAUCCCCGAGGAGAGCGACGUUGUUCAGACUGCUCUCAAGCGUCUUCCUCCCAAGGAGGCCUACGACCGCAUCUUCCGUAUCCGCAGAGCAUUCCAGUGCUCCGUCUCUCACACCCUUCUCCCCCCUGCUGAGCAGACCAAGCCCGAGGAGGAUGUUGAGUACCUGAGCCCCAUCAUCCGCGAGAUCGAGAAGGAGAAGAAGGAGCGUGAAGACCUCGACACCCUCGUCGUCCGCCGGUAAUUGAUUCAUUAAUUCGAGCCCUUUUGUUACCGGAAUUAGACUGUCGUCGUCAGGAAUCGUGGACGGUCGGGAUAGAAAUGAG